AUGGGCGACGUCUUGUCAGAGUACGCCAAAGGGCUACACGACGCCUGUGCCAACGCCUCAAGACCCGUCGCUGACUUCCUCGGGGCUUCAAAACUCCCCGAACACGCAGACACUAUUUUUCUCUCUUUCCUGCUCUUUCUGGCCGUGCAUCAGGUUCUUGCCCCACAUUUCAGUAAAAAGUGGUUCCCGGUAGCAUAUGGCACCGCCAAUUCGAGAGGGAAAAACAACUGGUCAAUCCACGUGGUGUCACAAGUACACGCCGUUUUGAUCAUAAGCUGGGCAUGGAGGUGCUUGUGGCUAGAGGAACUUGACAAGGACAAGGUGUCUGGGUGGCAUCAUCGCGUCGGCGCACUCAAUGGAAUUGCUUGCGGAUAUUUCUUAUGGGACACCCUCGACGCGAUCGUCAACUUUGUAGACCUGAGUUUUGUGAUACACGGUUUCGCGUGUUUGCUGAUCUACGCGCUCGGAUAUAGGCCAUUUGUAGCGUACUACGGUGUACGAUGCUUGUUUUGGGAAACAAGCACCAUCUUUCUAAAUAUCCACUGGUUCCUUGAUAAGACUGGACGUACUGGCAGUACUUUCCAGCUUAUCAACGGAAUAGCUCUGCUCGGCACCUUUUUCUUCGUGCGCCUUGUUUGGGGCGGCUACAUCUCGUAUAAUUUCCUGGCAACGCUCUACGCUACCUACCGCGAGUUGCCUUUGACGUACACCCUCGUGUAUUUUGUGGGGAAUGUUGUACUUCAAUGUUUGAACUGGCUUUGGUUUGGAAAGAUGGUGGCUGCGCUGAGAAAGCGUUUCGCGGGGGCUCCGAAGUCAUCGGCAAACGGUAAGACCCACAACGGGAAAGCGCACUAG